UCUCUCUCUCUCUCUCGCUCGCUCGCUCUCUCUCGCUCAAAAUAGCCACGCACAGUUCCCUCGCGCUCAGAGAGUUCAGACAGCCGCCGCGCGCAAACACCGGAUCGUCUGGAGUGCACCGGAUUCGCUCGGUGUCGGAUUCGCUCCUCGGUCAUGCGACGCGCCUCGGUACCGGAGCCGGCGCGAGCGCACGCACCCGAUGGCGCCCCGUGAGUGCGCCGGGCCCCAGCAUGCGCAACCGAACCGAGCCGCGGGACACGCUGGCGCGCGCGCUGACCGGCUGCCUGCUGUGCGCGCUGAUCCUCUGGACGCUGCUCGGAAACGCUCUGGUGUGUGCCGCCGUGCUGCGCUUCCGCCACCUGCGCGCCAAAGUCACGCACGUCUUCAUCGCGUCGCUGGCCGUGUCGGACCUGCUGGUGGCCGUGCUCGUGAUGCCGUGGAAGGCGGCGGCGGAGGUGGCCGGCUUCUGGCCGUUCGGCGCGUUCUGCGACAUCUGGGUGGCGUUUGACAUCAUGUGCUCCACCGCGUCCAUCCUGAACCUGUGCGUCAUCAGCGUGGACCGCUACUGGGCCAUCAGCAGCCCGUUUCGCUACGAGCGCAAGAUGACGCCGCGCGUCGCCUUCGUGAUGAUCGGCGCGGCUUGGACGCUGUCCGUGCUCAUCUCGUUCAUCCCGGUGCAGCUGGACUGGCACAAAGCCGACGCGGGCGCCGCGGAGCCCAACGCGUCCGAGGCGGACAGCUGCGACUCGAGCCUGAGCCGCGAGUACGCCAUCUCCUCGUCCCUCAUCAGCUUCUACAUUCCCGUGGCCAUCAUGAUCGUCACCUACACGCGCAUCUACCGGAUCGCGCAGGUCCAGAUCCGAAGGAUCGCGUCGCUGGAGCGCGCGGCGGAGCACGCGCAGAGCCGCCGUUCCGACCGGAGCCUCCACCGGAGCCUCAAGACCUCGUUCCAGCGCGAGACCAAAGUCCUGAAGACUCUGUCCGUGAUCAUGGGCGUGUUCGUGUGCUGCUGGCUGCCGUUCUUCGUGCUCAACUGCGUGGUUCCGUUCUGCCGCCGCGAGCCGUGCGUCAGCGACACCACCUUCGACGUGUUCGUGUGGUUCGGCUGGAGCAACUCGUCGCUCAACCCCGUCAUCUACGCCUUCAACGCCGAGUUCCGCAGGGGCUUCUCCAGCCUGCUGCGCUGCCGCGGCCGCUGCCGGACUCCGGUGGAGACGGCGAACGUCAGCAACGAGCUCGUGUCCUACAACCGGGACGCGGCGAGCGCGUGCGUCAACAUCAUCCCGAACGUGGUGGACGAGACGUUCGACCGGAUCGCGCAGCUGUCGCGGGUCAGCGACGACGACGACGACGAGGAGGAGGAGGAGGACGACCUGGACGGCGCGUUCACGCCGAACGGCAUCCGCUGAGCGCGAGCGUUAACGAAAAGUUGGCUGUAGGUCUCUCGCGCUGUUGUUGUCACAUGACCGCGCUGCCGUUUGAUCCGCACAAACAUCUAAACAUCCAUAAAUCAAGAUAUUUACUGGAGAAACAAAAUGACAAACAGAUUAAUAUGAAGUGAGUUCUUGCUUUAAACAAGAACAAAAUCUUCCAGUGGAGUCCAACAAAUGAACUCAAAUGAGAAAAACUCUCUGAUUCCGUUUGCAGAAAUUUGUUCUUGUUUUAAGCAAAAACGUUGAUAGAUUUUUCAAAAAGCAAGACUUAAUAUCUUCAGUCUGGAUUAAAAAGAGUUUAGAUAUUUGUACUGCAGGAAGACAGGACAGAGAUGCAUAUCGAUAACAGAUCUCACAUCUCUGGUGUUCUGAUGUCUCUGAGCGCUCUGAAGAUCAGUGGUUUCUGAACGCAGGCGGUCAUCUGACGCACGGUGCACUGGGACCCGAACGCAGUCAUCUUCCUCAUCCUCCUCAUCCUCCGUGUCCGUGACUCAGCUGCCGGAGAGAUUGUGCAGCAGCGAAGCCUUACUCCGCCAGCCUUACACCGAGUGCAAUAUUCCUCAGGAGCCGGACUCCUCCGGUCUCUCCAGCUCAACUCUGUUCUAACGCACUUAUUUAUCGCUUCAUAGAGCUGUGACGUGUCGUGGAUGUCGUGGUGAUUCUGGAUGAAGGACGCUCUGAUGAUUCUGGAGGUCCAGCGCUGUUUGAUGGUGAAUGUCUUCAUUGUGUUUCGUUACUGUUACGUUUAUUGUUUACAAAAGCCAAGCCUGUAGAUUCAUCGUACUGACACACCUCCGGAGCUGCAAACUGAACAGAGACUCUGGGUGUGUGUGUGUGUGUGUGUGUGUGUGGAUGCUGUUCUUCUCUCUCUCACACACACACGUGAAUGUGCACAGAUGUUUUUUAAUAAAAUGACCAU